CCGAUGCAAAUCCAUUGUCAGCACAGGCGCUGAGAGCUGAUUAAUGAGGGGUGAAGGGGUUUGGCAGCUGCACCCUCUCCACCUGCUUUAAUCCCUUCCCUCCAUGGGCUGAAGAGAUGGCCAUGGCAGAGCCCCUGAGUGCCCUCUCUCGGUGGUACCUCUACGCUAUCCACGGCUAUUUCUGCGAGGUGAUGUUCACAGCAGCUUGGGAUUUUGUGGUGCAUUUCAACUGGAAGUUCCCCGGAGUCACCAGUGUCUGGGCCCUUUUCAUCUAUGGAACCUCCAUGCUGAUAGUGGAGCAAAUGUACCUUUACCUGAGGGACAGGUGCCGCACUGUUACCCGCUGCCUCGUCUAUACCGUCUGGACCUAUCUCUGGGAGUUCUGUACGGGCUACAUCUUACGCCAGUUCAACGCCUGCCCCUGGGACUACUCUCAGUUUGAGUUUGACUUCAUGGGUCUGAUCACCCUGGAGUACGCCAUCCCCUGGUUCUGCGCCUCCUUCAUUAUGGAGAAGCUGGUCAUCAGGAACACCCUGAGGCUCUGCUUCGAGCCCCACCUCGAAGCUGCCUUGGGCACCCUGCAGCCGAGCGACUUCGUGGCAAACGGCUACCUCAAAUCCGACUGAGAACCUGGCUGUGCAAUGUUGUACUUUGAUCGUCGAAGGGGAGGUCAUGGGUAGGACAGGGCUUGUGCCGUCUCCCCCAGGAAUGACUCUGCCAAGAUAGUCUGCUGGGAAGAUCGCACCAGCCCCGGCAUCUUUUGGAUGGUCUAGUUUUGGUCUAACACCAGGAACUGAUGGAUAUUAUAAGCGAGAAGCUGAAGGUGCUGCUUGAUGCCUGAGAGAUAAAGGUCGACAUCCUGUUCAACCACCUGCUGCAUGAUGAGACAAGGGCCAUGGUGAGAGGUGUCUGCAAACCAAUAAGGUUGGCACGUUCACAAUGUUCAUUGGAGAUCUGGACAAAAUUGUCAACCUGCUGUUGACCCUUUUUGACUGGAGUUGAGAUUUACCUUGACAACCUGGAGGACGACACCUCUCCUGACAAACAGUGAAACCUUACUCAAUCACCAAAGUCACUUGAAUGGAACAUGGAGGUGUUUGACACAUUCUGAAACUACCUGAUAAAUGACAAGCUCCUUGUGAAAACUCAUGGAAAAGAUUGACUUGGAGGACAAGAUUAGGUUGAAAAGCUAUUGGCUCCAUUGGAGCAUCGGCCAGCUGACUACAACCGGAAGCAGAAACUGAAGGAUUUAAAAUUACAAAACGUUGACAUAGUCAUAGUUCCAUGUCUGGCAUUCUAAAUCCUCAGAGGACAGCACUGCUCUUGAAGGGAAUUGGACAACUUUUUUUUAUAACAAUAAUAGUUUUGCUUUCAAUAUUGUUUGAUUUUAUUAAAGAGUAAAAUAUCUGAUCGUGGUGAGAGUGGCAAUAAUCUUAUAGCCAAAUAGCGAAAUGGAACUUCUGCUCUGAAUUACAUAAUCUAUAUUGGCAAGGGAUAUUUUUCAGCAGGGAAAACUACUUUCUCUCACAAAUCACUCAUAUCGGUCACUUCCUGCUGUUAACUUUGAUUCUGGACGGUGCUUCUCAGUUGCUGUGAGAAAGUUUAAAGAUUUAAUCUUACAUUGCCUAUUCUACUGUACUGAAAAACUCAGUCCUCGUGAACAGUAGAAUAUUCAGCUAGGCUGGGGUUGGAGUGACAAUGUCGUGGUGUUGCACAGGAAUGGUAUGGCUUUCACAGCCACCAUUUUUACAGUUCCUUAUAAAUUGUGUUACAGUUUCUCUGCCAUUCUGUUAAAAUAUUUUCUUUAUCUGUCAGACUAUACAGUUACUUACGACCAAUAAAUAUGCUGAAGCUGCAACAGAUUUAUUUGUAUGCUGACACAAUGUGAGUGUUGGGGAGGUCAGGGGUCCCACACAAAUGUACACCAAUGUGCAAGUCCCAGACUUUGAGAACUUAAUAUCUCCAGUGGGAAAAUGCUAAAUUUCUAGAACUCCUUAGCAGUAACAUUGGGAAACUUACCUGCUGAAUAUGCGCCAGGUUGUAUCCAUCACGUUUAACAACCCUGACCUACCUGUUGGCAGCAAGGAAAGAGAAAGCCAUGUCCCAAGCAACUUGUAAAAAUAAUUUGAGUUUUCAAAUUUAGUUAAAUAAUUUUAUACUGUUUCUAUUAUUCUGAAGAAGUUUUUGUGGUGUGGCUGAUUUUCAA